UAUCACACUAACCAUUGGCUUUCAUUUGUCAAAUUUGUUAACGGCAUCAAAAAACAUAAUUUCAUCCUCCCUUUCGAACGAAAGACACUUCACUACACCGUAAGUUUAAACCUGAUGGCUGCUGCGACCGCAAUGGACGUAGACGAAGAAGAAGUCGAGUUGCCCUCCAGCAGUUCCAAAGGCGAGAAGAAACGCUUUGAAGUUAAAAAGUGGAAUGCAGUUGCAUUGUGGGCAUGGGAUAUCGUGGUGGAUAACUGUGCCAUCUGUAGAAAUCACAUAAUGGAUCUCUGCAUUGAGUGUCAAGCAAAUCAGGCAUCAGCUACAAGUGAAGAGUGCACUGUAGCAUGGGGUGUAUGUAAUCAUGCCUUUCACUUUCACUGCAUUUCUCGUUGGCUGAAAACUAGGCAGGUUUGUCCAUUGGAUAACAGAGAGUGGGAAUUUCAAAAGUAUGGCCACUAAAUUUUAUCUCCUGUGUGUGAUUAUUUUGUAAGAUAACUGAUAUAAGCAGGAAGGUUAUAAAAAUUUUGUAUUUAAGCCAAUAUUUCAAAUUCUAAGUAUGUCACAUUGUUUUGUUCAAGUAUCUGUAAAAUUAACUAGUGAAAUAUCUUCUUUCAUUUUUGUCAA